AUGAAUCCAAAGUCAUCGAGCUCUUCAGAAUCUUUGACUGAUGGAAAUUUCAGCCAGAAGAAUUUAGAGAAGUUUCCUCCUUUUAUGCAAAUUUCUCAAUUCGAAACACUCGAUUUUUCAUUUAAUCCGUUAUCUUCCCUUGAAACUUUACCAAUAUUACCACUCCUUGAAGCCCUUAAUCUAGAAGGAACUAAAAUAGGCUCAUUUGCAAAUUCACAAAGACAACCUACACUGAAACAACUCAACAUUAUAAAUACGCCGAUUUCAUACUAUCAAGGAUUUCGUGUUAUGUCAAUAAUAAUAUUUGGACCGGGACUUACUGAGAUAAAUGGACAAAAAGUUACCCAGCAAGAACUAUUAGCCGUUGAAAAAUUAAUGCCAAGAUUGAGACCACUACUAUUAGAUGGAUGGAUUUUGACAAAUGUCGAACCACCGAGACUUAUGCAUAGUGAAACACAUGCAAGCGGCUUACUUGAUGAAAUUUCUUCAGAUUUCAAAAGUAAUAAAACAGAAUCUCAAACGAUAAAUAAAAAUCCAUCACCAACAGCAGUAAAAAGUGCAGAUAAUCAAAUUCCUGAUAUCCAAAAUCUUCUUAAAUCAGAAAAAUCAAAAUCAUCUUCCCGAAGAAACACAAAAACGAAAAAUAGCAAGCAUAAAUCAAAGAAAUCAUCAUCUAAAAAGAAAUCUUUCCAAACUCCAAAGCUCGGAAAGGUUCCCGAUUUACAAGAAACUCCUUUAUUAAAGCCUGAACCAAAGAUCUCGGCAUCUUUGACACCAGCACCUCCUUUACAGAUUCCUAUUACAAAUACAGAACAAAAACCAGAAAUUAAAAUAGAUUUGAUGAGAUUUGAAAGUUCAUCAACGAAAUCAGAGUCAACAUCAACGAUGGAAGAUAAUUUACAGAUACAACCGAAUAUAAUACCAGAAGAAACUCAUAAAGAACUACAGAUUGAGCAGCAAAUUGUUGCCCCAAUUCUUCAAUUAACACAGAACGAUGUAAAGAGCCAAGCAUCACGUAAAUAUCAUUACCAUAAGAACAAGAAUGAAUUAGACCUUAAUUUACCUAUCAGUACCGAUAUUUUCAGGGAUGAUUCUUCAUUUUCCUCAAGUGUAUGCGGUCCACGCGUUAUUCUUCAGAUAUCUCCUUUGUUCUCUGUCCAAUCACCUCUUAGAUCAAGAAGCUCCAAGCCAAACCCAGAAUUCGUCUUUAUAAGCCUCAUUCAAUCGAAAUUUUCUUCUUCAUCUUCAAAAAGUGACACUCCAAUCAAAACAUCAAAUAAAAGUGACAAAUCAAAUAGUACAUCAACAAAAAGCGACAACAGUCCAAUAAAAGAGAGAAGCAGUUCAGUCAAAAAUCCAAUAGAAAUUAAAAUUUCAAAUUUGACACCGAAACAAAGCGAAAACAGUGAUGAUGAAGAAGAAUCAGAAGUAGAAUCACAAGCUCCACAACUAGAUAAAGUUCCUUCAUCAUUAAAUCCGUUCAAUUUCAAGCCAAGUCAAGCGAAAUCAUCUGAUUCAAGUGAAGAACUUUCUACACGUUCGAAUUCGAAUUCAGAUGAAGAAGAAAGCGAAAACAACCAAAUCUUCAACGAAUUUGUUAAAAAUUUUGAUGAAGAAGAAUCCGAAAACAAACAAAAUUUUGAAGAAGAAGAAUCAGAAAAUAAACAAAAUAUAAAUGAAGAAGAAGUAGAGGAAGAAGAAAAACAUCAAACAGUAAAAAGUGAUAUACCAGAAAGUAGCUCAUCGCUAAGUAAUAUCUUUGUUGAUGAUAAUGAUCUAGAAGAGGAAGAAGAAAAGAAUGAAAAAUCUGAAGAAGAUGAAAAAGAUUUAAGAAUCAAAAAAGUGACAAAAAUUGAUGAAGAAAAAGAAAAGAAUAUUUUUGUAUAUGAAAAAGAAAUAAGUAAGAGCGAAGAUGAAGAGGAAGAAGAUGAUGAUGACGAAUUACCUGUUGUUAUCAAACCUUCGAAAUCUUUAGUUGAUUCUCCGAAAUUCAACUUAUUUUCUAAAGAAAAAUCACCUGGAUCGGCUCAAAAAACUAUUAAAGCACCUCCACUGCCUAUUCCUGACCCUGGUCUUGAGAAAACUUCAGAUGUAAUCACAAUUAGAACGGUUGACCCAUCUGGACAAGCUCACAAACAUCACCACCAUCAUGGGCAUCGACAUCAUAAGAGGAAAUCUUCAAUUGAAGAGCCCCCAAAGAAGAAACCACCACCACCUUUACCAGAUUUCGAAGGAAAUGUGGAGAGACAGAUAUUAGAAGAUAAUAGGAGAAAAAUAACUCCUCUGCCUAAGAAAAUAGAUUCGAAAAGACCACCUCCUUUGAGAACAUCCUUUGCUUGA